AUGCGAAUGGUCGAGGCCGUAUUGAUCAACGGAAGCAGUGUCGCAGACGCUGUCAAGACUAUCAGCUUGCUCCUCGAGUACGGCGCUGAUCCCAGCAAUAAGAAUUCACAAGGGCAGACCUUCGUCCAGAUGCAGCUCGACGACUUCGACCUGAAAUCGCCCAAAGAGCUGACUUGGUUCCUGAUCCUUGCAAAGGUGGCGGCUGCGACGGGGUGUGUUGAGCUCCUUCCUGGGGACUAUUUCUUGAGGUACUUCGCGGCUGGCUGGAAACAGGCGCAAGCAAUCAUUACUCAAGCUGGCUGGCAGCGGGUUGAAGCGACCGCUGUUCGCUGGGCCGAGGCUAGAUACCCCCAAAACACACCUAUCGCGCUCGGUGACAUCAUCAACAAGGUAUCGUGGGAUCUGCUCAUGGCUAUCGACGAUAGCUACAGGAGAUGCCCCCAAGGUGGUGGUGAAGUCGGCUGCCAGUACCGCAAGUUCUGGCGCACUCAUCACCACAGUGUGAAACGUUGUCUUAUCGAAGAUGACGGCAAGGCGCCUAGGUUUUUCUUCCCCUUUUCACCCGAUAUUGAAGCGUUGUGGCGGGAUAGCGGGGCGUGUUCGUGGCAGACGGUGUUGAGAUAG